AUGUCUAAAAUCGCAUCGAGCUUUUCGCGCCUCGUGCGCUUCAUCCCCAGAUCCAACCGCUCCAGCAUCCUGAUCGGAGAGCCGGUAGAUCCCAAACUGGAUGUUGGAUUGGCUCUGUACCAGGGCAAGGAUGUCCCUGUUCACCCGUUCUCGGGACCCUCUGUUCUCAACCCAGGCCAGAAAACUGAGAAGACCGAGAUCAUUGAGAGACUUCUGUCUCCGUUGGCUCAGAAUGAAGUUGGAUCUAUCCGGUGUAUUGGGUUGAACUAUGUCUCCCACGCCGCAGAAAUGAAACUCUCAAUCCCCGAUGUCCCAACCCUAUUCAUCAAACCAUCCACCUCGCUCGCAGACCCCUGGCCGGCUCCCACGAUCCUUCCCAAAAUCACCCAACAGGACGACACAGGCGACUACGAAUCCGAGAUGGUUAUUGUAAUAGGCCGCGAGGCAAAGGAUGUCAGCGAAGAAGACGCAUUGGACUAUGUGCUGGGUUACACGGCUUCGAACGAUAUCUCCAGCCGGACAUCGCAAAUGAACCAGAGCCAGUGGUGUUUCUCGAAGGGAUUCGACACUGCUUGUCCUAUUGGCCCUGCGCUUGUUUCCGCCGCGCAAUUCCCGGAUGCCAGCCAGUUCAAAAUCCGCGGCUUGAAGAACGGUCAGGUCCUGCAGGAUUGUCCAUUGACCGACCUCAUAUUCAGUGUUCCCCAGCUCAUCAGCUUCCUGUCGCAGGGCACCACGCUGCCGGCCGGAACUAUCAUUCUCACUGGUACUCCACCCGGCGUUGGAGCUGCGAAGAACCCCAAGGAGUUUUUGAAGGCUGGGGACGAGUUUGCGGUUGAAUUGCUGCCGCAUGUCGGAACAUUGGUCACGAAGAUGAAGCACCAGCAGUGA